AUGUCAAGUCUAACUUGCAUCCCUUCAAACAGCUACUAUUGCGCUACUGAAUUCUUAACCCGAACGGUCCAAAUGAUAACUGCUGUAUCAUUUCCUAUGCAUGUUCUGGGGCUUUUUAUAAUCUUUUUAAGCACACCAAAAACCAUGGACUCUGUGAAGUCAUAUAUUUUACACUUGCAUUUUUGGAUCAUGAUUUAUGAUAAUUCUCUGGGAUUUUUAACAGUUCCUUUUUUGUUACUUCCAACCAUGUCGGGGUACACACUAGGAGUUUUGUCAUACUUUGGUGUCAACGAGUUUUUCAUGGUGGUUCUGGUUCUGUUGGCGGUCAACAAUGUUCUGUUAUCCAAUCAAAGUAUAUUCAAAAACCGAUAUUUCAUAAUUUGCGCAUUCCCUCCAAAACCAACCUGGGGAAAAAUCAGAAAACCUUGGCUAGCAGACCAUUACAUUUUCGCUGUGAUUUUAUUCAUCCCGAUGGCUUUCUCACUUCCAGAUCAAGAAAAAACCAAACAAAAAGUUCUAGAGACUCUUACCAACGUUUCUGACUACGUGCACCAAGCGAAAAUAUACACUUUGACUGAGGACCACGCUAUCAUUUAG